UUUCUACAGAGAGUUGAUUUCCUUUUUUGCUAAAAUGUAAAUCUCAUGUAAACAAAAACUGGCAUAAAUCUUGUGAUAAGUUUACAUUUUUAGGAGGGUGGAGAUUUCAGCUUGCCUUUUUCUCCUUAGGUUUUGUAAAUUUAUCACCAAUUUGGUGAUAAACUACAGAAGUGUUAGGUGGCUGUGCAAGCAAAAGCAUAGGUUAAAAAAAAAAAGUCUAACACAUGGCAAGAGCAGGAAAUGGGAAAGCCUCCUUUUUACUGGCAGCUGUGGUGUUGUUCCAAAGUAUCAUGGCAACUCGACAACCAAAACAAUCCACUUGCUUAAAGAAUUUAAGAGUAGUAAGACUAAUUUGACAAUAGAUGAAACAAUCUAUCCAGUAUCAUAAAGUACAACGUAAUUAGCUAAACACUAAUGCUGUUCUGUCUGCUCACAUGAGAUAAAGAUGCCCUAUCUGCCACAGAAUAAGAAUACUUAAUUUUCUCACCUUGCUUAGAAUUCAGAAUGAAACAAGAAGUGACCUUAUCUUAGACUUGCUCUCUAGUCUACCUUAUUUCUGUUGUGGAAAAAGACAUUCCUUUGAAAGUCCAGAGUGUCUUUACCCCAGUCCUUUAAUUUGGUUGAGAAAAGAUAAUGCAAGUGGGGACAGGAAAAAAAGGUGGCAACUAAAUUUAAAGUACAGAGGAAUCAUUUUAGCUAUGAGAAGAAGGGUCAAAUUAAGCUGCUAGUUGAGGUAACAGCUACCUCAUCCCUAACUGACAAUUCACAAUUUAGCCAGUAAGUUGCUAACAGGAUCAUAAGAAAUUAUGACAAUAUUUCUCUGUAAAUCUUUCCUCUGCCAUGAGGACUCAGAGUAGAUAAGAGGUCUGGGGAGGGAGAGUGCUUUUCUGCUCUCCCUCCUUUUUUUUUAAAUAGAGAUUUACAACAGGUUUUCAUGGAGAAUUUUUUAUGGAAUAUAGGAAGGGGAUCUAUUUGACAUCCUCAGAUAAUCCUGGCAGUUUUCAAACUAUCCAGUUCCUCAUCUGUUGCUUUUUCAUUUUGUAUACUACAAGCUCCCAAGCAACUCAUAUUUGCAAACAUAGCUAUGGAUACACUAUUUGCUUAACAGUGGUUACUUGGAAAUCUAGGUCUCUGUUUUUUUGUUUUUUUCCCACUCCCCUCCGUUUCUUAAUCAUAUAACUAGCAACAUUUAUGGUUAUAGGUUGAUUUACAAGUUCCUAAGUCUGUGACUGAUGGUUUGUAGCCUCUAGUUUGAAGCAAGAGAAGAAUGAGUAGUCAGGAACUGGUCACUUGGAACGUGGGAGGGAAGAUAUUCACAACAAGGUCUUCUACCAUAAAUCAGUUUCCUGCCUCUCGGUUGACACGAAUGUUAGAUGGCAGAGACCAAGAAUUCAAGAUGGUUGGUGGCCAGAUUUUUGUGGACAGAGAUGGUGUUUUAUUUAGUUUCAUCUUAGACUUUUUGAGAACUCACCAGCUUUUAUUACCUACUGACUUUUCAGACUAUCGUAGGCUUCAGAGAGAGGCUCUUUUCUAUGAACUUGAUCCUCUGGUUGAUCUCUUAAAUCAAGAACACCUGCUACAGCCAAGACCUGCUCUUGUGGAGGUGCAUUUCCUAAGCCGAAACACUCAAGCUUUUUUCAGAGUGUUUGGCUCUUGCAGCAAAACAAUUGAGAUGUUAACUGGGAGGAUUACAGUGUUUAUAGAGCAACAUUCAGCACCGACCUGGAGUAGUAACUCUUUUCCUCCUCAGAUGAACUUAAUUCCACUGCCUCCACAAAGACCUUCUUACCAUGACCUGGUUUUCCAGUGUGGCUCUGACAGCACUACUGAUAACCAAACUGGAAUCAGGUAUGUUUCUAUAAAACCUGAUAACCGAAAAUUGGCCAACGGAACUAAUGUCCUCGGCUUACUGAUUGACACUUUGUUAAUGGAAGGCUUCCAUCUGGUCAGCACUAGAACAGUAUCCUCUGAAGACAAAACUGAAUGCUAUAGCUUUGAAAGGAUAAAAAGGUCUGAAGCUCUCGCCAUGAACAAAACACUGAAACCAGGGACUACCCUCAUGCCAGAGCAAUCUCAGAAAAAGAAAUGAGGUUCUCUGUUCUCUUUUAGAGUAAAGGGAAAUUGCCAUUUUCUUAUUUGGAAAUUCCACAUUUAGGACAAAUAUGUUAGUCAAAUAAGUACUCAGCCUAACUUUUUGGCCUUGUCUCCUACCAUGCCAUCUCUGGACAACCACACAAUGCUUAAGCCACACUAACUGCUUGCUGCUCUCUAAACAACACCAUGCACUUGGUGCUUUGGCACAUGUUCCUUCUACUUUCAUGCCUCUUUCCCUUUCUCUUCUUCAUGAACACUUAUACAGCUUUCAAGAAUGG